CUGUGUGAAGUCUCAAACUACCAGCAACACGAAAAACCUCUCUUCUCAUUGUCAGGUUUCUUCAGUCAGGAACUGUCCUCCGCCGCCGCCAUGAUGUCCCAGAAUGCAUCUCUGAACAGCCUUUUUGGAGACGACCCUUUCUUUAGCUCGGACCGGCUGCUGUGGCCGAUGCGCCAGGCGCCGCUGUCCUCCCUGCAACAGGACUUCUUCAACCAGAGGACCAAACUGGCCGACAGCCUUCUGAAGGAGCUGCACGACGGGCCCCACCUGCUCAAAUUCAACCAGUUCCCCCUCAUUCCCUCCCCUCUGAACAGGCUCGGCGAGGGCUCGUCUCUGCAGCUUGGUGCCUCACAGGAAGUUCAGCCGGCUGCAGGAAGCGACCUCCUGGUGACGUUGGACGCCCGGGGUUACGCCCCCGGUGACAUCACGGUGAAGCUGGAGGGGCGGAGCCUGGCUGUGGUGGCCAUGAAGCAGGGGGGGGCUGAGGACAGCCAGACCGUGUCAUCCGCCUCGUCCCGGGCCUCCUUCAGCUCCUCGGCCUCGGCUCAGACCGGCUUCGUUCAGAGGAUCGACCUCCCGGCUCACCUGGACAUCAGCCGCCUCUCCUGCGAGCUGAUGGGUGACGGACAGCUGCGGAUCCACGCCCCCUCUGCCCAGCAGCCAAUCGGUGAGGAGCAGGAAGUGCCCGUCCGCUUCAGGUCAUCGCUUGAGUUUCCCGUCACCAAGGAGAAGAGCGAGGAGACACACUGACGAACACACACACACACACACACACACACACACACACACACACACACACAGAGACUGUAAAGAGUAACGUUUACUCAAUGGUUUGGUUAUUAUUUGCUGUUUGUAUAAACUGUUGAAAUUUAAUAAAGUUUGAUUUUCAGAAAAAUAUGAA